UGCAGGGGUGAGAGUGAGGUGAGAGUGCAGGGGUGAGGGUGAGGUAAGAGUACAUUGGUGAGUGUGAGGUGAGUGCAGGGGUGAGAGUGAGGUGAGUACAGGGGUGAGAGUGAGGUGAGAGUGCAGGGGUGAGAGUGAGGUGAGUACAGGGGUGAGAGUGAGGUGAGAGCACAGGGGUGAGAGUGAGGUAAGAGUACAGAGGUGAGAGUGCAGGGGUGAGGGUGAGGUGAGAGUGCAGGGGAGAGAGUGAGGUGAGAGUGCAGGGGUGAGAGUGAGGUGAGAGUACAGGGGAGAGAGUGAGGUGAGAGUGCAGGGGUGAGAGUGAGAGUACAAGGGUGAGAGUGAGGUGAGGGUGAGGUGAGAGUGCAGGGGUGAGGGUGAGGUGAGAGUGCAGAGGUGCGGGUGAGGUAAGAGUACAGGGGUGAGAGUGAGGUGAGAGUACAGGGGUGAGAGUGGGGCGAGAGUACAGGGGUGAGAGUUAGGUGAGAGUGCAGGGGUGAGAGUAAGGUAAGAGUACAGAGGUGAGAGUGCAGGGGUGAGGGUGAGGUGAGAGUACAGGGGAGAGAGUGAGGUGAGAGUGCAGGGGUGAGAGUGAGAGUACAGGGGUGAGAGUGAGGUGAGGGUGAGGUGAGAGUGCAGGGGUGAGGGUGAGGUGAGAGUGCAGAGGUGAGGGUGAGGUAAGAGUACAGGGGUGAGAGUGAGGUGAGAGUACAGGGGUGAGAGUGGGGCGAGAGUACAGGGGUGAGAGUAGGUGAGAGCACAGGGGUGAGAGUAAGGUAAGAGUACAGAGGUGAGAGUGCAGGGGUGAGGGUGAGGUGAGAGUACAGGGGAGAGAGUAAGGUGAGAGUGCAGGGGUGAGAGUGAGAGUACAGGGGUGAGAGUGAGGUGAGGGUGAGGUGAGAGUGCAGGGGUGAGGGUGAGGUGAGAGUGCAGAGGUGCGGGUGAGGUAAGAGUACAGGGGUGAGAGUACAGGGGUGAGAGUGAGGCGAGAGUACAGGGGUGAGAGUUAGGUGAGAGUGCAGGGGUGAGGUGAGAGUACAGGGGUCAGAGGUGAGAGUGCAGGGGUGGAUUAGGGUUACGACGUAACAAAGUCAGCAAAGUGAAUAAAACCCCUAACAGUGACUGUGAAAGUGAAGAAGUGACCUACAGAAGUAGAACCGUUGCCCAGAAGAUGCCACGGGCCUCUGACCAGGAUGAGGCCGAUGAGCUAUAUCAGAACAACUCUGUGUCUUGGCUGGCAUGUGGUGCCCUCUCGCUACUUGCCAAUGGCUGGAGCAUCCUGAGUCUAGCCAGCCGAGGUGGGAGCGGGCAGCGGCCUCGUCCCCUGGAACUGCUCCUCUGCCUGCUGGCAGGAACACACUUACUCAUGGCCGCUGUGCCCCUGUCACUGUUUUCUGUGGUGCAGCUGAGACGGAGACAUUCGCCGGGUUAUGAAUGGAAUGAGGGUCUGUGCAAGGUGUUUGUGUCCACGUAUUACACACUAGCGCUGUCCACCUGCCUGACUGUGGCCUGUCUCUCUUACCAUCGGAUGUGGAUGGUGCGCUGGCCUGUCAGCUACAGGCUGGGCGGUGCACGGAGACAGGCACUCCAAGGAGCACUGGGAAUUUGGGCAGCUUCCUUUGUGAUCUCCACCUUGCCAUCUAUUGGGUGGCAUGACAACGCCCGCCGAUUCUACACAAGGGGCUGCCAUUUCCUGGCUAGUCGGAUUGGCUUGGGGUUUGGCCUGUGCUUCCAGUUACUCUUGUUGGGAGGGGUGGGCACUGGUCUUGGGUGCUUGGGGGUGACUUUGUACCAUGCUUGCUGCUGCCCUGCAGCGGGGCAGAGAGGAGGCGCAGGUGAAGGCGGGGCAGAGGGGAUGAUGGAAGUUCCGGCCAUUGUGGUACAAGAUGCUCAGGGAAAGAGACGCUCGUCACUGGAUGGGUCAGAAUCGCCAAGGACAGCAGCGCAGGUCACCGGACUGGUUGGGGGCAUUGUGUUGCUCUAUGAUGCACUGACUGGGCUACCCAUACUGGUGGUGAGUUUUGUCAGUCUCCGCUACGACAGCGCCCCACCCUGGAUGGUCCUAUGUGUGCUGUGGUGUUCCAUGGCACAGACCCUGCUCCUUCCAUCAUUCAUCUGGUCCUGUGCCCGUUACCGCGCUGACCUGCGCACUGUGUGGGAGCACUGCGCCUCCAUGUUGUCCGACAGCGGGGAUGAAGACAGCGUCCGGGAUGACUUUGCAGAUGGCCGUCUGUGCGAAGUUCGCUUCGAUUCCAAUGGCGCUGCCAUAAAGAGACCUCCGCAUUACCUGGGAGGGGACCUGAGAGAUGGGAAAUUCCUGCCUGUCAGACAUAUCCUAUUACCCACCGAUCGCAGCCAGUACCUACAGGUGCACCGACACCAGGCCCCUCUCUCCCGGAGGAUGUCACAUGACGAAAUUGACCUAUUCCCUCCUCGCACCUCACCCCUUUUGCUCAGGUGGUCUUCCUCAGAUGAUGUACGAGGUGGGCCCGGAUCGUCGCGAGGAGGCAGCCCUUCCACCCCUCACCGGGUCCCUGACAUACCACCCUGGAGUCAGCACCACCCGCCACGAGCAGAGCCAGACUAUGGUCUAAGCAGUUUGCACCAGUUUUUGCAAGGGGGCAUGGGAGGGUCUGUGGGAAUGGGGAGCGGGGCCCACAACUCCUUCUUCCGAGAUGAAAUCACCGCAUUUAUUGAUGACACCCCCUGCCCCUCACCACUUGGGACACCCCACAGAGUCCGCGCCAACCAAAGGCCCUCUCCUCUCCCACGGAAGGGACUGGAAGGAGGGGCAGCGUGGGCAGGUGUAGGAGAGCGAAGACUAUCUCUUUGUAGCCCACCACUUGGCGCAACUGAAACCCGUAGGUCCUCUUUGUCCGAAAGGGGGUGCAAAGGUGUGUCUUCGUAAGGAAGAAUCCAUGGAGCGCGUACAGGGUCUUUCACACUUACCUCCUUUGUAUCAGUUACCCCUGAAUGGAAGUAGGGGACCCUCCCUUUCAUUAUGUUCUUCUCAGGCGAACCUGCUGUUUGUGAGAGGGCAAAGGGCUUCAGGCGGCCACUCAGCUGACACUGCCUCUACCCCUCACGCCUCCUCUGAUACCCCUUUGCCCCCCCAUAGACACACCACAAACACACUGGAAAAAUUAGCCAAAAGAUGACAAAAUAAAUUGCGAUUUGAUUAUAAAA